AUGGGAAAAAAAGCAAAUUCACCGCAACAGGGCCAAGAUGGCAAUCUCGAAAAUUCCCCCCCAACGCGGGGCAGUCAUGAUAGACAUGGCAGUCCCACCAAAGUGACGUCAAAUGAGGUAGGCACAAACGCCAACAUCAGCAGCAGAAGCAAUAGCAACGAAGCAAAUAUCCUUUUAAGGAAAAAAAAAAAUCAGAGAAAAUGCAAAAAUAACGCAGUUAUCGCGAAAAAGAAGGAUACCGAACACGCCCAUCCCCACACGAUCCCGUCCAAAUAUAAGCUAGUAAACUACUUUAACAACAUAAAGUACAAUUUGUCCCUUCGGAGAUAUUUUAAGAUGCUUGUCACGGUUUCCAUUUUUAACUACCUACCUCUGAACAUGCGCAACUUAUCCAACACGGCCUACAUGUGCGGCAAACGUUUUAACCUUAAAGAUGUGGAGUCGUUUAAGCUUUUUUUAAUUUUGUGCAAAUCGAAGGUGCUCUUCACAUACAGAUCGAACUUCCGCUUAAAGAUUAGCGAUAGAAAUUGCUUCUCCAGUGCGAGUUUUUCCAGUGGGAGCUUCUCUAGCCGCACCAGCACAGAGAUGGUCCCUUCGAACCGCAACAACGAACCAAUCACCUGCAGCACAAAUAGCGGAGGGAUACACUCCAACAACGUGAGCCAAGAGGUAGAGCGAACGAAGGAAGGCGAAAAAGGAAAAGAACAAGGGGGAAUGACAAAAAAGACAAACAGAAAGAAGAGGAAAAGAAAGUACUACAAAGAAAGAGUUAUCAAUUUCACAGACCUCCCUGAACAUUUUUUUAAAAAAAUAUCCUUUGACGAAAUGGAAUAUUUCUACAUGAAUUUUGACAAUACUUCCAAAUCGAUUCGUGGAUCCCAUUUCAACAGAGACGAUUACAACUACACGAAUGGUAAUCCAUUUGGUGCGAAAAACGACUUAUGUGGAACGGUUUCGGAGGACGAUAAUAAUAGGGACACCUCUUUCGAUAGUACAAACGAUAGCAACAAAACUGUUUUGUAUUUAGAAAAUUAUGGAAGUAAUUCGGAUGUGAAUAGAACAAAUGGGGGUAACGGCAGUGGGGACUCCCUCAAUUGUGAUGAAGAAGCAGAUAAGCAUAGCAGUGGGGGAAUAUCCACCAUGAAUGACACCCUCCUUGUAGGUAAGCAAUCGGAGGGUACGAGCCCCAGUGCGUACACACAUUUACCAAAUGACUCAUCGGGUGAGGACUCCAAAAUGGUAGCAAAGAAUGAAACAACAGUGGGGCAAGAGAGGGUUAGCAAUAAAAUGAAUGAAAUGUCACAAGGCAAAAAAUUCAAAAACUCCUAUUUGGAGAGGGAGAGUAUCUCCCUUCUGUACACCCAGGUUAACAAAAAUAAAUAUGCCGAAUUUACAAAGAGGAAAAGAACCAAAUAUACCGAAGGAGACGACACGAUAUCAAUAUACAUGAGCGAUACCGGGUGGGGGUGCAUGAUACGGGUUGUCCAAAUGGUGUUAGCACAGAUACUAAUCAAGUACAAGGUCUCCAAGAAGUAUGCCUUCUUUCACAAUAUGAGCGAUUACGCAUUUUAUAAAAAUUAUUUGAAAAAAUCGUCAAAUGAGCAGCAGUUGGGGGGUGCAGGGGGACACAUUAGCACAGGUAAGGAAAAUAAAAAUGCCUCUAAAAUAAGUUACCACGAUGAAAAGACGCCUGCACGAAAUUGCUGCGAUGAGAACAUAAAAGAGGCCGAUUAUUUUAUAACGGACGGAAAAUCAGACGCAACUUACUGCUAUGAUAACAACUCCACAAUUAGCACUUGUAGUAAUUUCCCCCCUAUGGACAAGUCCCAAUUUUGUGAACGCAAUAAAGUGCAAGGUGUUAACAACGGGGAGGCAACAACAGCAGGGUUAUCAUCCACCUCCUUAUGUUCCUCUGCCUGGAGGGAUAAUGUCUCCCAAAAAAGGGAACAAAACGUAUAUCGCUAUUUUAAGAAUUACGAAAUGUUUCUGACCACCGGGGGGGAAAGCACACCCCGGAUGACCAUCGACAGUGGGGACGAAGUAAAGGCCAACGCAGCGCAACCACCACACAUGAGUGCUGUUCAACACGUGAACAUGAACAACUCGCUGGUAUACUCCGUACUACUGCAGUUCAGAGACAUGGAAAGCGCCAAGUACUCCAUUCAGAAUAUCAUUUACGAAACCAUGAAGUACAAAAAAGUUAGCCAAAAAAACAUGGAGCAUUUUGUGCAUGAGUGGCUUGGGCCGACCAGCAGCGCUGUUGUUAUAUCCAACCUGAUUAACAGAAAGAAGGUCCGCUUUGUGAAAAAGAGAAAAAACAAAAUCCCGCUAAAUCGUGGAAGCUGCUUAACACGGGAUAAUCACUUCCUUAGAAAAAGUGAGCCUAUCCAGGGGAGAGAGAUUACCCCUACGGAUCGAGUCAUGAACAAGAAGGAAUACUUUUUUGUAAAGCGCAAAAAAAGACAUGCCUUGUUCUCAGUCGCCUUCGACACGGGCGUAAUGUACAACAAUCAAGUGUUAAAAUUUUUUCAAAUCAAAGAGAAAAUAUUAGUGAUUAUAUGGGUGUGCCUAAAACUAGGGACUGAUUCUUUUAACAUAAUGAAAUAUAAACAGUCCCUACUCUCCUGUUUUGGCCUAAAACAGUUCCAAGGCAUAAGUAGUGGCAAUGCGCAUACCAGUGCUCACUACUUUUAUGCGGCAAAUGAAAACGGCCUAUUUUACCUCGACCCUCAUAUAAAAUGCCAAAGGGCCUUCACAGACUUAAAUGAAAAUUAUGAUACUGAAUUUUUCACACAGAAGAUAAAGUUUCUUCCAUGGGAGUAUUUGAAUUCGUCUUUGUCGAUGAUAUUCGUCGUGGAUUGUAAGGAGGACUAUUUCAAUUUAACCAAAAAUUUGAAACUUAUUGAUCCAAGCAUAUUUGAAGUUUACGAUGAGGAGCCACAGUACACCUUCAGGAGUGAAUUAAACUACGACACGGAUGAUUCGGGAUUGGUUCUUUUGUGA